ACACCUCAAAGCGCUAAAUUUAAACCCAAUUCGAAAAGUCUCCCUCCCUCCAAAACGCGAGUUUCGGUGUUUCCUGGCCGAUGGAAUCUGCAAAGACAACGUCGACAACGGCGAAGGGCGCCGGUGGCAGGAGAGGCGGAAACAGGAAGAAGGCGGUGUCGAAGUCGGUGAAGGCUGGUCUGCAGUUCCCGGUAGGAAGGAUCGCUCGGUUCCUCAAAAAGGGUCGCUAUGCGCAGAGAACGGGCUCCGGCGCUCCCAUCUACCUCGCCGCUGUUCUCGAGUACCUCGCUGCCGAGGUGCUGGAGUUGGCCGGAAAUGCUGCGAGAGACAACAAGAAGAACCGGAUCAACCCAAGGCACGUUCAAUUGGCGGUGAGGAAUGAUGACGAGCUGGGAAAACUCCUUCACGGAGUAACCAUCGCCAGUGGCGGUGUCCUUCCCAACAUAAACCCUGUUUUGUUGCCCAAGAAAUCAGCAGCCGCAGAAUCAGCGGCUUCCGAGAAGACCUCUCAAUCCAAAUCCCCCAAGAAAAAAUAAAUUUUUUUUUUUUUCCCUUUGUGGGUACUCUCGUUUUACACCGCUGCCCUCUGUUUAUGCUUUGUAGGAUCUGGUCCCCCCCCCUCCCCUCACUGGGCAUAAAAAAUGUUGAUCCACUAAUGUAAUAGACUUCUUAUUUUCUGUUAA